AUGUCUGAAGCUCAGCAGAGUCAGAACUUCAAGAAGAGUAACUGUGUUUGCCUGUUAACUGAUUGUGGGGCUCACCCUUCACUUUCAAUAGCCAAACACCUUGUUUUUCUAAUGCUUUCAGGAUCUUCCUUUGCUGUCCUUUGCUUUAGUAUAUUUGUAGGUUCAUGGAACGUUGGAGGAGUUGUACCACCUGAGGACUUGGAGAUGGAGGAUUGGUUAGACACUGGCAACCCUGCAGACAUUUACGUCCUCGGGUUCCAAGAGAUUGUACCUCUAAAUGCAGGAAAUGUUCUAGCUUCUGAGAAUAGAAAAAUCUCCAUGAGAUGGAAUAAUAUAAUUAGACAUGCUCUCAACAAGGCAAUACUAACCCAAGCUCAAGACGAUAAAAAAGGUGAAUACCAAAAAAUGCAUCAAACAAAAGAUCAAAUAUCUGCUGAAUACAGAAAAUCAAAGGACAAUUUUCAGUGCAUUAUAAGUAAACAGAUGGUAGGAGUAUUUAUAUCUGCUUGGGUAAGAAGUGAUAUCCAUCAACACAUUCAGCAUCCCAAUGUCUCAUGUGUUGGCUGUGGCAUAAUGGGCUGUUUAGGCAAUAAGGGUUCAGUGUCAGUAAGAUUUUGCUUGCACGAUACAAGCUUCUGCUUUGUGUGUAGCCAUCUAGCUUCUGGAGGCAAAGAAGGAGAUGAAAGACACAGAAAUGCAGAUGCUGCAGAAAUUCUGUCACGAACAAGGUUUCCUCGAGGCCCCUCGCGUAAUUUGCCACAGAAAAUUCUCGAUCAUGAUCGAGUGAUAUGGCUCGGCGACUUGAAUUACAGGAUCAACCUACCUGAGGCAACAACAAGAUCUCUAGUCCAUAAAAAAGAGUGGAACACUUUACUAAAAAACGAUCAGGUAUUUUUAUUAGUUUUAAUAUUAAUUAGCUGUAAUGAAAAUUUCCUAAAAACUACUGUGAUUCUAACUAUGAAAAAUUCUAUUGAAACAAAGCUUAAGGCCGAGUUCAUGAAGGGUCAUGUAUUCCAAGGAUGGCAUGAAGGGGUCAUUGAGUUUGCACCAACUUACAAAUAUUAUCCAAAUUCUGGAAUCUAUUAUGGGUGUCAUCAGAAGAAAAGAGGUGAAAAGAGGCGGGCUCCAGCAUGGUGUGAUAGGAUAAUUUGGUUUGGGGAGGGACUGAAGCAAAUCAAAUAUGAUAGAGCUGAAUCUAGACUGUCUGAUCACCGACCCAUACGGGCAAUCUUCACAGCAGAAAUUGACGUCUUGAGCGAUUCUAAAGGUCUAGGGAUCUGCAUGUCCGAAGGAUUUGAUUGCUCACAAAACCAUUUUAAAGAUUGCCCUAACGAAAAAAAUAUGUGUAAUAAGAUAUCAGAAUUGUAUAGAUAUAAGAAGAGAGUUGCUUUCAUUUUUCAUUCAAAGGUAGAUAGACAUAUGAUCACACAUGGGUCAUCUUCAGAAGAGAAAAAGAAGAAUAUAGCUUAUUACAUUUCAAAGUUUGUUACCUUGAUCGAUGAACUUGACGAGUAA